AUGUUCUGGAAAGCGCUUAUACUCUGGUUUCUACUGUUUGAGAUCUUUGGAACAGAGAUUCAUGAUCUAAAGAAAUUUCCCGAUUCUUUGGAGGUCCCAGAAAGAUGUCGAAAAUCGAAGAAGAAAAUUCAAGAUGAUCCAAAGAGGAAGUGUGGGAAAGCAUUUCUCAAAGCCUACGACUUUGAUACAUUCAUCCGUCAGAGGAAUCAAAUGAAUCUC